CAGAAGUUCUGGCCAAACUUUUUUUCCUGUGCUGGAAUGAGAGUGGGAGAGGGAGAGGGAAGAGGAAGAGGAACAGGAACAGCAACAGGCAGAGGGAGCUGAGGCUGGAGGAGCCUGAGGUCCAGGGGAUGGAGGUGACCAGCUCUGUCAAAGUGGACCCCACUUCCCAGGGGAACCCAGCGGACCUUAGAGCUUCCCUGGGCUGGCUGCACUCCAAGGUGUUGGGUACAGAUGUCCCGGACGAUCUGGAACACAUGUUUCUGAGCAAUGGCACCAUUAGCCCAGCUGUUCUGGACUGGCUUUUAUCUGGUGUGCCCUACUGCAUGCUGCUCACCAUCGAUCACACAACCACUGAUCAACCAAAACGCAGGCAGGAGCGCGUCAUCGAAUCCCUGCUAUCCAAGGGAGUGAAUCUGUCCGAUAGCAUCACAGUCGAGAGUCUUGUUCACUCUCCAAUCAUCCUGGCAGUGCACCAAACUCUAAUAGACUGUCUGAUGGCUGUCUGGGCUGCUGGUUUGCUCGGCGCGGACAAGGUCACGCGUUCAAUCCCACAGCUCCCCGCAGUCGAUGAGGACCUCCAGGAUAAUCUGGAGUUGGCCGUACUCUCCUGGAUCAAACUGAACGGUGUGAGGGACCCUGUAUCGGAUGUUUACCAAGUGGACGAUGGGCUUCGGAGAUUAACCCAGACGGUUAAUGUUGGCUCGUUGUUUCGGCUCAUUCACCAUUACUGCCCUCACCUCCGGCACCAAGUUGAAUUCGGGAUAGGAAGUUGUCCGGAAAGUCGGAUUGAAUUCUUGCUGAAUUUCAUCCGGGAUCAUCUCCAUCUCCAGUGCUUUCUGUCUGUACAGGAUUUUCUGUGUCUUCCUGAACUAGUGAAGCCUGGAUUGAUGGUGUUUUUAGUGGAAUUAUUCUGGAACCUGGAAUCUGGGAAUGUUCCCUGUCAGCGAGAGGGAUUGAACCAAGGCAAGAGAGAGGAUACCCUAUCGAAGGCUUUGUGUGUGUCUGAACCCCCUCGAUCUCGGAGCCCACUCAUUGCUUGGUCUUCGAAGGCUGGCCCAGCUCAGUGCAGUGUCGGUGAGGGUCACAUUCAGCCAGAGACAGUGCGAGGUGCCAAGGAUCCUGGACUGGAGGAGACGCUGGUGGUGGACUGGCUGGAUCUGCGCAGCCUGAUGGAGGUCCCUGCCAGACUGAGAGACUCCAAACAGGCCCAUCAGUCAAGGAAGAGACUGCGUAACAGUUACAUCGUCUGUGAGAGGCCUCACACGCUGGAGAGCGCCCAAGCAAGUGGCCUGCCCAUUGUGGGCUGUGAUUGGCAGGCGCUGGGUCAGACCAGCAGAGGGCACCAUACACUGAGUGUAACAGGAAGCCUGGACACUGCAGAGGGGGCACAGCAAGAUCCCAAACUGCCAGGCACAUCUGGGCAGGGGGCACAGCAAGAUCCCAAACUGCCAGGCACAUCUGGGCAGGGGGCACAGCAAGAUCCCAAACUGCCAGGCACAUCUGGGCAGGGGGCACAGCAAGAUCCCAAACUGCCAGGCACAUCUGGGCAGGGGGCACAGCAAGAUCCCAAACAGCUAGGCACAUCUGCACAGGGGGCACAGGAAGAUCCCGAACCGCUAGGCACAUCUGGCCAAGGGGCACAGGAAGAUCCCGAACCGCUAGGCACAUCUGGCCAAGGGGCACAGGAAGAUCCCGAACUGCUAGGCACAUCUGCACAGGGGGCACAGGAAGAUCCCGAGGCUCUAGGCACAUGUGGGCAGUGGGCACAGGAAGAUCCCGAGGUUCUACGCACAUCUGGGCAGGGGGCACAGGAAGAUCCCAAGGCUCUAGGCACAUCUGGGCAGGGGGCACAGGAAGAUCCCGAGGCACUAAGCACAUCUGGCCAAGGGGCACAGGAAGAUCCCGAACUGCUAGGCACAUCUGGCCAAGGGGCACAGGAAGAUCCCGAACCGCUAGGCACAUCUGGCCAGGGGGCACAGGAAGAUCCCGAACCGCUAGGCACGUCUGGCCAGGGGGCACAGGAAGAUCCCGAACCGCUAGGCACGUCUGGGCAAGGGGCACAGGAAGAUCCCGAGCUGCCAGGCACAUCUGGGCAGGGGGCACAGGAAGAACCCGAGGCUCUAGGCACAUCUGGGCAGGGGGCACAGGAAGAUCCCGAGGCUCUAGGCACAUCUGGGCAGGGGGCACAGGAAGAGCCCGAGGCUCUAGGCACAUCUGGGCAGGGGGCACAGGAAGAUCCCGAGGCUCUAGGCACAUCUGGGCAGGGGGCACAGGAAGAGCCCGAGGCUCUAGGCACAUCUGGGCAGGGGGCACAGGAAGAGCCCGAGGCUCUAGGCACAUCUGGGCAGGGGGCACAGGAAGAUCCCGAACCGCCAAGCACAUCUGGGCAGGGGGCACAGGAAGAUCCCGAGGCGCCAGGCACAUCUGGGCAGGGGGCACAGGAAGAGCCCGAGGCGCCAGGCACAUCUGGGCAGGGGGCACAGGAAGAUCCCGAUUGGCUGGUGGGGUCCGGCCAGGGGAGAGUGAUCAGCCGCCGGUUCACGUACAUCAUAAAAACCCGGGGCACUGAGGCCAAGAGAGGGCUGGCCCCUGUGGGGGCUGCGCCAGGCAGCGAGGGCGAGGUGCCCCCCUGCCCCUCCCCCUCCCCCUCCCCCGCCGGCGUCCGGAUGACCAGCUUCGCCGAGCGCAGGCAGCUGAAGGGCGGGGGCCGCUCCGGGCCCGCCCUGGGGACAGCACCGGCGGCGUCGGCACAGCAAGAUCCCGCGGGGCCCGGGACUGAGAGGCUGCGGCUGCGCAGGGUGUUGGAGGAGAAGCGGGGACAGAUCCAGGCCCAGAUCAGGGCGCUGGAGGCUCUCGGCUGCCGCCGCUGGCAGAAGCUGGGCCGGAGGGCCUUCCGGGGUCUGAUGGGGGGCAGAGAGUUGGCGCUGGAGGGCCAGGAGGAGGGGGGCGGACCCCACGGCCGAGGGACCGGCCGGCGCGAGGGCAGCGGGUACCACCCCCCGGUGGGGGGGUCCGGCAAGAGCCUGAGCCCCGUCCGAGGCGAACCGCACCGUCUGUCCAUCCAGGAGGGGCUUCUCCCUGUCCGGGGGACGGGGCCGGAGUCCGGGUUCCUGCCGGACGUCCAGGACCCGGCGGCUGGGAGGCUGCCGGGUGCAGCAGGAGGACCCAGCAGCGUGAGCGAGUCCCACGGCGGCUGCCUGUUAAACCGACUCGGCGCAGGGGAACCGACAGGCGCGGGUCAGGACACGGGUCCCCAGGAGUCCGGCGGGAGCACAGCCGACGAUGGGAACGCCGGAGAGUGGAAUCUUCCAGAAGGCGAUGGUCGAGCGGCGGAGAACUCUCAGGCGGAGGUGUUGGCGAGGAGACGGAGUCAGUUCCUUCAGAGACAGCGCCAGCGAGCUGAGCAGGUUAAACUGCGGCACCAGCAGAAGACAGCAGCGAGGCAGGGCCAGCAGGAGGACCGGAGGAGGGUGAUCAAGGGCCGAGGACAGGGAGUGGACACGAGUCCGGAAUUGGGUGCUGCUCCCUCGAAACACUCGGACGCCAGGAGCAAACGCUGGAUCGGUGAGCGGGUGUCCAGUGCUGGAGUGUUGGAUCUUCAGGAUGGGGAAGUGGAGCAGUCUGAGAUUCUGGGAGUGACAGACCUCACGAGCAACAGGAGAACACCAACAGAGAAUAACUGGGAGAGGCAUCUUACCUCUGCACCGCCUCCUGCUGAACAGACAGGUCUGAAGUUGUUCAGGAAGCCAAGCGCCAAGUCCAAUAGACUGAUCCUCCACAACGCUUUGACUUACUGUUGCCUGGCAGGGAAAGCGAACGAGUCUCAGCGGGGCCAGGUGAUUGAGGAGUUGAUGAAGUGUCCGCAGAAUCAGUGUCUGAUCCUGUUCCGGGAUCAUCAGUGUCAGUUCCGAGCCCUCUACUCCUAUUUGGCAGAGACCGAGGAGAUCCACAGACUGUGGGGAAUGGGUCCCAGAGCGGUCACCAAGGAGAUGAUCAACACCCUGUACAAGUACAACUCUGACCGCAAGCUGUUCCACAUCAUCCCAUCCAAGACCCUGUCCGCCAGUGUCGACGCUCUGACCAUCCACGGACAUUUGUGGCAGAGCAGGAGGACGAGCACCCAGGGCUGUGCACACAGAUGAGGGAGGCUGGUCUGAACCCCCGAGACGCCAGCGUCACCAUCCCGCUACCCUACUGGCUCACAGACCCGGAAUACCACUACCAAAUCCCGGAGGCUGAGUUCCCCCAAAGGCUUCUGUCCAAAACUGUGUCCCGAAUUGGAAUCCACGAUCCUAACCUGUAAAGUUACUCUCCUGGCUGGGUUUGGGCUUGUCAGAACCGAGGCCUGUUUUAAGCGAUUAUUUUUAAGUUAUUUUUAAAAUGACAAACCUUGCAGUCACCCCCUCCUGGAUGGUGACUCCUGGAUUUGUUCUGAAUGAGGAUUUGACGAUCCUGCUUUGUCUUAUCUCUCCACGUAGGGCCCUGUCUGAUUUGUAUACUAAACUUAAAAAAAAAUCUUACCACUGAGGGUGAGCGAUGAGGAGAAUGAAGUUCCAGGAAAUAUCUGAAGCUUUUGAUGAUCCAGACAGAGCUGAGAUCUCACCCAGCUAAAUGUGCAAUGCAACAGGGAAAAGUAUUUAUUAAUAAGUGAAACUGUCCGGGAACCUCCUGAACUUUUAUGCACUGUGUACUGCACUCAUUUGCACAUUCUGUUGGAUUAUGUGUUAGUUCUGGGCCCACCCUAUCGGUAGGUGACGGUGGAUUAGGGAUUGCUGUCUGCACACGACUGCUAAUUGUAGCUUGUAGACUAACUGGUCCCUUCAGGGAUGUAUCUGUCUCUGAAAUGCUUCUUUUAAGAUUCAGAUCUGAAUAUUUAAUAAAGAGUACCUUGAACAAAA